AUGCGUAAGGAAAAGCAUAAAUCGCAACAUGUGAUUGGUACUGAUGAGUUAUGUAGAGAGAGUUCAACCGCUUCUGUUUCUGCCAGUCUCCUCGAGUACCGCCAAAGUCAAGGACGUACCUAUCACAGUGACAAGUUUGCGUCGAGUUAUUUCUUCCCAAACGAUGAUCAGCAACUCGAGUCUAUGGAUAUGACCCACCAUUACUUGUCGCUCCUCCUAAACGACGACCUAUUCCUUGCACCCCUGAAGGCGGAUAAACUUCAGAAUGUUCUCGAUGUUGGUACCGGAACUGGUAUCUGGGCCAUCGAAUUCGCCGAUCGCUAUCCUAAUGCCGAAGUCACUGGCACCGACCUCUCACCUUGUCAACCUACCUGGGUUCCCCCCAACGUUCGCUUCGAGAUUGACGAUGCCACUCAACCCUGGACCUGGAACGACAAUCACUUCGACUUCAUUCAUCUUCGAUACCUUUUCGGCGCUAUAAAAGACUGGGGAGCUUUGUUCAAGGAGGCAUAUCGUUGCGCUGCCCCUGGAGGCUGGGUGCAAACGGUCGAGGCCGAUAUCGAGUUCCGCAGUGAUGACGACACGAUCCAGCUAGAACCGGCUUUUGACACUUACCACAAGCUUUUUAGAGAGGGUGGCAAGGCCUUGGGGAGCUCUUUCUUUGUUCAUGAGGAGCAGACGAAGGCGUUUCAAGAGGCUGGAUUUGAGGACGUCAAGAUUGUUGAUAUCAAGUUUCCUUGCGGAGGAUGGCCAAAGGACCCAAAACUUGCCGAGGUUGGACGAUUUGUUCAGCUCACCUUUGAGAAUGACGUUGAUGGAUACACUACGAUGAUGUGGCACGACGUCCUCAAGUGGCCCAAGGACGAGUACCAGCUGUUCCUCAUGGGCCUGCGUAAGGCGGUGCGCAACCCUAAGGUUCACAGCUACCUGGUUGCGCGUUACAUAUACGGACGCAAGCCCGACCACGGAUAG